UCAUGUCAUAGAUAAAAGUGAAUGUCAAAUUUAAUAAAAAAAACAGCCCAAAAUCAAUUUAACCAUCAAUGGAAAAAUAACAAAAGUUCAAAUUCUGAUAAUGCAAAUCAUCCAAACCUAGCCAUAAUUACCUCGCCAAUAUGAACCGAUUUAUGUCAUUCCUGAAACUUUACCAACCAUUGACUUUAAAUAGUAGAAACUACCAAGUAACUGUGGUCGGCGGAGCGAGCGACGUCGGUCAAACAUUAUGCUUACUGCUGCGAGCUGAACCCGGCAUCUCGAAGCUGGUAGUGCAUGACACUAGGGGGCAGACACCUGGCGUCGUUCUGGAUUUGUCCCACAUCCCAACUGACUCAUUCAUUCAAGGAUACACAGGAGAAGACACACUUGAACGAGCUUUAAGAAAUUCCAACGUCGUCUUAGGUGUGGGCGGACUUAUCCGAAAACCAGGUAUAAAUGAAAAGUUAUGGUUAUCAGCUAACACAGCCUUCAUCAAAACAUUAGCAGCAAGAGUAGCAAAGUUGAAUCCUUUACCGUUUUUGGGAAUCGUCACGGAACCAAUUAACUGUCUCGUCCCGAUGGCCGCUGAAGUUAUGAGGAAUCAUGGAGAGUAUGAUCCGAAAAAGCUAUUCGGCGUGACCGGUGUUGACGCGAUACGAGCUCAAACACAGUAUGCUGCACAGCAUAAUCUGAACCCUCGUAAUUGCUUCGUUCCCGUGAUUGGAGGUCAUUCCGAAAAAACCGCAAUCCCACUCCUAUCUCAAUGCCAACCCACUUGCGAUUUUGAUGAGAAAAUUUCCCAAGAAUUCACAAUAAAAUUCCGGAAGACUGACGAAAGAGUGAUAAAAGCUAAACGAGGAUUUUCACCGAUCCUUUCAGUAGCGUUCAGCGCCUUAAUGUUUACUCGCAACGUACUCGACGCUCUGGACGGACGACCAGCCAAAGUCAAUGCCUUCAUAGAGAAUAACGAUUUCGGCACCACAUUCUUUGGAGGAUUAGUAGAGAUCAACCAUGUUGGCAUCAAAGAAAUGCAAAUGUACUCUAGCCUUUCAGAAUAUGAAUGUCAAUUGCUGGAAAAGAGCAUCGAAGAGCUGCGCAAAGACAUUUUAAAAGGAAAGAAAGUACUGGAAUUGGCCUAAACCGCAUGCGAACCGUGUAUCAAAGCCAUGUCAAUGUCCGCCACACUUUUCUACGUUUGUUAAAACUAAAUCAUGUACCCUAAAUUAUUACUCGUUGAAAAUAGUGUUCACAAUCAAUAAAACAAGCGAAGAAAUUAAAAACACAUUUACCAA